ACAUUCACUCAAAGCUUUAACGCCAAUAAAAGUGAUGUUUAUUUUAAAGUUCAGAAAAAAAAAGAAGUACAUUUACAAAAACACGUUUUUGAAAUCACUCAAGCAGGUCUGAAGUUUUAUCGCUAUAAAUCUCAUACAUUGAUUAAACACCUAAUUACUAAGGUGUAUAAGAUGUGGCGGCAGUGCAAUUUAUGUGAUAUUUGA